ACGUUUGCCUGCCUUCUGUGUGCUGUCCAACUUGUUCCACCAAAUGGUCCCCGAGCAUAGGUGACUUGCUUGGAUACAAAUACUGGCCAGCAACCGACAGCUGCAAAAUUAUUUUUAAGUUUGAUGUGUUCACAUCAUUCGAGCAAAUGAAAUUGGCCAGCCCAGCAUUAUCCCAGCAAGUAUUUAUAAAAAUGCUUGAACAUCGAUCGUUUUCCACAGGAAGGACAGGCAGAAUCUGUAGCGAUACCUUCCACAGAGUCUUUCGGGAGUUUGCCUUCUGUAAUUACAGACAAGAAGAUCUGUGCCUGGUGGAGCCCUUUAAAUGCCCAGCAUGCACACCUGACAUGCUGGCUAUUGCUGUAGAUGGCAAGAGAAAGCAUUAUCGCUUCAAGAAGUCCAGAGGGACAGAUGAACCGUCUCUAUUUGAUGGACUGUUCAUUGCCCAGGACAGUAAAGUGUCUGCCUUUGUCGACAAAAUCAGGAGCCAGAUGACGAUUAAAAGUGGUCGUGAUGUUUGUGGACCGGCAACAUUCACAGCUUGCAGAGAAACCUCACACAAGUCCAGGGCCAAGGUGGACGAGGAAGGCCUGCAAAUAGCUGUGUGCAGACAUGGCAUCUUGCUACAAGGCCUAAAUCACUACCGUGGUGAAAUAUAUGCCUACCCAAUGUUCCUGCAGAAGGAGCUGGCUGAAGUUGCGAAUGCAACAUUCUUUUGUAUGGAUGUUGCCUGCAGGUACUGGCCUUAUUUGGAGAAGAUGGCAGCAAAGUUGCCAGAGCUCCAACCACUUACAGAGAUGAAACCUUUUCUCUCUGUAAUGCACGCCAAGGCCCACACAGGCAAAUGCGAGGUGAAGUGGGGUGGCAGAAGCCAGGAAGGUGCUGGAAAUACUGUUAGGAAGUGGAACAGGUUAACAGCUUCCUCUCAAGGGCAGCUCUGACAACAAAAUACAUGACCAAAUCAGCUAGAGCAGAUAUGAUAACCGUGCUGGCUAUGCUAUGGAACCACAGGAAGGUGGAGAAUCUCCACAAGACACUCUCAAAGAGAUUUGUCAAAACUACACAGAGAGCACAAACUGAAGUGGACAAUCUUGAGAGUCUCAAGCAAGAGCUGAACAUCUCCCUGGAGGACACGGAGCAGUGGGUGUUGGAGGUCAAGCAAUGGGCAGCCACUGAGAAACAUGGAGGCCAGAGCAGCCAGGAGGAGCUCCAGAGAGAAAUAGAUGACAUUAUUUAUUCCCUCCGAAGAAAGAAACACGACCUCUAUCGACAAAAUGACAGCAACCAAACAAGGCAACGCAAACGGAGAAGACUGACAGAGCUCAAGAAUAAACUCAGAGAGAGGAUACUGCAGUACAACACCAUUGAUACCUGUACAGAGACAAUUGACACAGAAGCAGCAUGCAGUCUGUCUGAGGAUGUCAUUCUGCCCUGGGAAGCGCAAGGAGAUGUGGUGAACCUGCGCACAAAGAGGCGACUUUUUGACCAGGUUAUGCUGGUCAGGCGUAUGGAAGAGGAGAAAGUCAUCAUUGUGAAGGAGAUGACCCAGCAUUGUCAAAAUCUGAGGCAGGCACUGGACAAACUGGACCACCUCCUUCAUCAGACAAAAGACGACAUCAGGAACCAAAUUUCUCCAAGCGAUAUAACAGAAGAGGGAUACAGGGGACUGCACUGCUGUCUUUUACACCAUCAAUAUCUUCUGGAGCAGAAACUGAGCAGAGUCACCAGCACCUACAGCUGUAUUGGCACGGACUCGUCUUUUCUCAUGAUGGAGGAAGACAUUGAAGACGGUGAUGAGGACAACGAACAGGACGGUGAUGAGGACAACGAACAGGACGGUGAUGAGGACAACGAACACGACGGUGAUGAGGACAACAAACAGGAAGGUGAUGAGGACAACGAACAGGACGGUGAUGAGGAUAACAAACACGACGGUGAUGAGGAUAACAAACAGGAAGGUGAUGAGGACAACGAACAGGACGGUGAUGAGGAUAACAAACAGGAAGGUGAUGAGGACAACGAACAGGACGGUGAUGAGGACAACGAACACGACGGUGAUGAGGACAACAAACAGGAAGGUGAUGAGGACAACGAACAGGACGGUGAUGAGGAUAACAAACACGACGGUGAUGAGGAUAACAAACAGGAAGGUGAUGAGGACAACAAACAGGACGGUGAUGAGGACAACGAACACGACGGUGAUGAGGACAACAAACAGGACAACGAACAGGACUUAACAAGUCUAUUGUAUUGUGUUGUAUGCAUGUGAACGUAUUAAAACGAGUAUUACGAUUUAA